AUGCGGCCUCCUGGUAACCACAAAGCAAAACCUGUAGUAGAUACACAAAACCCAAAUCGAAAGGAAUCAAAGUACACCAGUAGAAAAUCAACAAAUCACAAAGAAAAAGACCAAAUCGGUGACCAGGCUACUGGUGAAGAGGUUGCAGUGGUGGCUUUAAAGGCUUUUGCUCCCACUUCAGCUGGGAUUUCUCCACAAAAAUCUUCUGAGAAAAAUCUUGAAGAGGAGAGGAAAGGAGAAAUGGCCAAUUCUCAGGGAUUGCUGACAUUCAGGGAUGUGGCCAUAGAAUUUUCUCAGGAAGAGUUGAGGUGCCUGAACGACAGUCAGUGGGAACUGUACAGGGAUGUGAUGUUAGAGAACUACGGACACCUCCAUUUCUUGGGUCUUGUUGUGUCAAAGCCAGACCUGGUCAUCUUUUUGGAACACAAGAAGGAUGUCUGGGCCGUGAAGAGAAAGGAGACAGUAGCUACACACCCAGGAAUUAAACCUUAUCAAUGCAAAGAGUGUGGCAAGGCCUUUAACUGGCACACAGCCCUUAGGAGACAUCACAGAAUCCAUACUGGAGAGAAAUCUUACCAAUGUAACGAAUGUGGCAAGGUCUUUGGGUACCGCUCAACCUUUACACAACAUCGCAAAAUUCAUACUGGAGUGAACCCUUACAAAUGUAACAAAUGUGGCAAGGCCUUUUCCCGCCAGGCACAUCUUAAUGUACAUCACAGAAUCCAUACUGGAGAGAAACCUUACCAAUGUAAACAAUGUGGCAAGGCCUUUCGGUACUUCUCAAACUUUAUAAAACAUCGCAGAAUUCAUACUGGAGUGAAACCUUAUAAAUGUAAAGAAUGUGGUAAAGCUUUUAACUGGCACUCAGCCCUCAAGACACAUCACAGAAUUCAUAGUGGAGGGAAACCUUACCAAUGUAAACAAUGUGGCAAGGCCUUUACCCGGCCCUCAGCCCUUACAGAGCAUUACAGAAUUCAUACUGGAGAGAAACCGUACCAAUGUAAAGAAUGCGAUGAAGGCUUUUACUGGCACUCAGCCCUUAAGUUACAUCAGAGAACCCAUAGUGGAGAGAAACCUUACCAAUGCAAAGAAUGCGGCAAGGCCUUUUCCCGGGCCUCAGUCCUUACAGAACAUCACAGAAUUCAUACUGGACAGAAACCUUACCAAUGUAAAGAAUGUGGUAAAGCCUUUAACCGGCUCUCAGCCUUUACGAUGCAUCGCAGAAUUCAUACUGGAGUGAAACCUUACCAAUGUAAAGAAUGUGGCAAGGCCUUUUUCCGCCAGGAACAUCUUGAUGUACAUCACAGAGUCCAUACUGGACAGAAACCUUACCAAUGUAAAGAAUGUGGCAAGGCUUUUGGGUUCGUCUCAAACUUUAUACAACAUCGCAGAAUUCAUACUGGAGUGAAACCUUACAAAUGUAAAGAAUGUGGCAAGGCCUUUUCCCGCCAGGCAUAUCUUAAUGUACAUCACAGCAUCCAUAUUGGAGAGAAACCUUACCAAUGUAAAGAGUGUGGCAAGGCCUUUAAAGGGCACUCAGAACAUACUCGACAUCACAAAAUUCACAGUGGAGAGAAACCUUACCAGUGUAAAGAAUGUGGCAAGGCCUUUAACAAGCAAUCAUCCCUUAGACAACAUGAAGGAAUUCAUACUGGACAGAAACCUUACCAAUGUAAAGAAUGUGGCAAAGCUUUUAACUGGCAAUCGGCCCUUAAGAGACAUCACAGAAUUCAUAGUGGAGAGAAACCUUACCAGUGUAAAGAAUGUGACAAGGCCUUUUCCCGCCAGGAACAUCUUGAUAUGCAUCACAGAGUCCAUACCGGACAGAAACCUUACCAAUGUAAAGAAUGUGGCAAGGCCUUUUCCCGCCAGGCACAUCUUAGUGUACAUCACAGAAUUCAUACUGGAGAGAAACAUUACCAAUGUAAAGAGUGUGGCAAGGCCUUUAAAGGGCACUCAGAACUUACUCGACAUCACAAAAUUCACUGUGGAGAGAAACCUUACCAAUGUAAAGAAUGUGGCAAAGCCUUUAACUGUCAAUCGGCCCUUAAGAGACAUCACAGAAUUCACAGUGGAGAGAAACCUUACCAAUGUAAAGAGUGUGGCAAGGCCUUUAAAGGGCACUCAGAACUUACUCGACAUCACAAAAUUCAUAGUGGAGAGAAACCUUACCAAUGUAAAGAAUGUGGCAAAGCCUUUAACUCUCAAUCGGCCCUUAAGAGACAUCACAGAAUUCACAGUGGAGAGAAACCUUACCAAUGCAAAGAAUGUGGCAAGGCCUUUACGCACCACUCAAGCCUUACCAACCAUCACAAAAUUCAUACUGGAGAUUGACCUUACCAAUGUAAUGAAUGUGGCAAGGCCUCUUCCCCCGAGGCACAUCUUAAUGUACAUCACAGAAUUCAUCUUGGAGAGAAACUUUACCAACGUAAAGAGCGUGGGAAAACUUUUGAUUACUGUUCAACUUUGACUUAUUAA